AUGAUUUCUCAAACACUGCUGCGACACGCGAAAAACCUCCACGCCGCCGCCGCGGUCGUUGAAGUGGAGGAGGGCGCCAUCCGCAUCAUCUCCCGCGCGGCCGAGAGGACCGCUUCGGUGGACGUGGUCCGCCUCUGCGCCCGCACCCUCUGCAACUUCGCCGGGGAAGGGAGGGCCAGGCCCAAGAUGUCGGACAGCCGAACGGCACAGGCGCUGUUGAACCUGACGAAGCACGAAGACAUCGGCAUCCGGCGAGAGGUGGCGCACACGAUAGCGAGGCUGGCGGCCGACGCGAGCUGCCGAGAGAAAAUCCUGCAGUACGGCAUUAUCCCGAUCCUCGUGACCAUGAGCACCGCACCCGACCUGGAUGCCACCACAGGCCGAUGCAUCGCGCUGGCCUUUCGGGUGCUCUCGUCGGAUCGCAAAUUCGCCGAGAUAAUCGUCGACGGCGGAGCGGUGGAUGCCCUCAUCUCCCUCACGAGGUCCACUGAUUCCCCCUGCCGCCUAAGGUGCGGUAUCGACAUGAGGGGCAUCGACGGCAAUGGGUCGCAGCCCGGCUGCGCACAGUCUCUUUGCAACCUGAUACGCUUUGCUAUCCGCCUGGACUACCUGAUCGAGUGCGGGGUUGUGUCAGCUCUCGUCCGACUGGCGGAUCCCGGCGAUGAGGCCACGUCAGAGUGUUGCGCGGCCGCGCUCUACUUGUUCUUCUGCCAUCCGGCGGUGUUGGCGCUCAUUGACGGGCGGGAGGUUAUCCGCGCGCUGAUGGACCUCUGUCGAGUGGGCACGACGAGCGUCAGAAAGCGUUGCGUGGCGGCUAUCUGGAACAUGACAAAUGUGGAGCAGGUGGCGCACAGUGGUGGCAGCGCCGCGGAGAGCAUCCCGAUGCUUUUGACUGAGUCGGACAAAGCGCUCCAGGCAGACUGCGCCGCCGCUUUGUACAAUCUCGCCAGAAACCAGGAGAACUGCCAGGCGAUGAUCGUGUCCGGGGCGGUGCCACCUAUCAUCGUAUUGGCGAAGUCCGGAUCGUUUGAGACCAAGACGCAGUGCAUGUCGAUCCUGCAGCGCAUGCUGCUUGGGAGGGCCAUGCCUGAAGAGCGCAAACACUGCAACCACUACACCCACCAGAUCAUGACCAAGUCCUUCGUGAGGACACUCCUAGACAUGUCUAAGAUGGAGCACCGGGACACACAACAGCGCGUGGUGAUCGCCGUGUACCGCAUCUCCUGUUGCGAAAGAGGCCGAGAGCUCCUGCUCGAGGAAGGGGCGCCAGAAUCUCUGAUUCGUCUCAUCAGCAAGCCGAACGAAGAGAUGCGAAAGGGCUGCGCGAACACUCUCCUCAACUUGGCCUACGACCACGGGCGCGAGAUUGAGAUCACCAAGUGCGGCGCCGUGUCGGUGCUGCUAAUCACGGCACUCGUGGCUUCCGAUAGCGACGAGACGAGGCACGCCUGCACGAAGGCGUUGACGAACCUGCUGUGUGAGAAGCAGGCGCAUCGUGGGAUGUUCAAGGAUGGCGUGGUGUGGGGGUUGGCAGCUAUGAGCAGGUCGAAAGACGUUACCAUCGCGAAGCUGUGCUCAGUGGCACUGUGUAACCUGAGCUGCGAGUACUGGAAGGAAAUCACCAUGUCCAACUGCAUGCAGGCCGUGUACGGUUUAGCGCGCUCGUCCGACGCGGCUGUGAUGUCCGCGGGGAUGAAGGCGCUACAUAAUGUGCUGUUGCGCGCGCAGCACCUGGAGGGGGUCGGCCACAUCUUCUCCGGCACGGUACCCAUCGCACGCCGGGCGUUGAUGCACGAGUCCAAGGAGAUCCGCCUGGUGGGCGUGAGGCUCACGAACCUGGUGUCCACGGCCUCGGUGGCAAGGCAGACGGCCAUGCUCUACAGAAUUGUAGAGCGCGUCAACGUUGGCGACUUCGACAGCGACGAGCCCCUGAGUUAUUCCUUCUGUUGCGCGCUGGAACGGUUUGCGCUCGACCCGGCCACCCGCUCCGCCGUGCUCCAUUCGGGCUGCGUCAACAACUUCACCGCGCUGUGCGCCAUGAGCGGUCGCAUCAUGUCUAGGCUGGCGUACUUCAUGUACUGCGUGUCCUGCUCCCCGGAACUCGUGGCGAGCCUGGUGCUAGAGCACGACGGUAUGAAAGUCAUAGCCGUCGUGCUUGAGCUCGGUAGCCAGGAGGAUGAGGGCGGAGCGGUCGAGGGAGGACAGGGCGGUGGAGCGGGGAGCAGGGUCGGUGAGGGCCGAAAGGAAUCACUCGACGGGGCAAAAGCGACGUGCGCCGCACUGCUCUUUAAUAUGUCGACCCAGGAUGAGGUCAAGACAGAACUGGUCCUGAAGGGGGGGAUCCGGUUGGCUUUUGCCCUAUGGGAGGGGGCUAGCCCGCAAGUCCGGCGCAGCUGCUCUCUCGUUGCGUGUAACCUCGCCGUGGGGAAGGCUGCAGCCCCGUUUUCUGCGGCUGGGACGGUCGACAAAGUCACAAAGCGCAAUGAACCCGAAAAAACGUUUUGUCAGGUCAAUACGGCCAAGAUGGUUCGACAUGGCGCCGGGCAGCUGCUGGUGGAGCUGGUGAAGAACAUCGAUCCGCUCAACGAUGCAGGAGUGAGGAAACGAGCGAGUGCAGCUUUCAGAAACAUCCUGUGUGUGUCGGGAAACCACGUUCAGCUGGCCGACGAGGGGGUCAUCCCCGCUUUGAUCGACCUCGCCAAGACGGAUUGCCCCGUUGUGAGGCGGAACUGCGCGUCCGCAAUGAGGAGCAUGACGUGCAAGGCGGAAGUUAGGCAGCUGCUCGUGGCCAGCGGCGCCAUCAAGGUCAUUCUCGACGACGCCACGAAUCAGACCAGUGGCAGUACUGCUGGUGCUGGUGCUGCUGAUGCUGCUGCAGCAGCUCCUGCAGCAGCUCUUGCAGCAGCUCCUGCAGCAGCUCCUUCAGCUUCGGCGGCGGACCCGUUGGCAACAGGAGGAGCCAUCGACGAGCUGUUAGCGGCUAAUGAUGAAGACGUCGAACGCUCCAAGAAACGCAAGUACCCGGAGCCUGGCUUCGCAGUGGACAGGUCUGGGGCGGUAGGAGGCAGAGGAAGCUACAGCAACGCGUUCAAGGUGAAGGCGGCGGAAUUCACGAGAGCCCUCUGCGAGGACGGCAAGCCGUUAGGAAACACUGGAGCGGCAAAAGUUCAAGGGAUAGCCAAGAAACGCAUCAUUGCAUGGGUGAAGGAAGAGGGAAAGCUCAAGGGCUUGAUCCAGGCCAAACCCACGCUGUCGGACAAGUUCAACAGCUGGUACAAGCGUUUUCGUGCGCGGCGCGGGUACAGCACCCGCCGGCGUACCAGCGUGGGCCAAAAGCUACCCAAUGGGCACGAGGGAAUGAAGUGGGGCACACUGCAGAAGCUUCGGACGGCGCUCCGGGGGCGCGCUGGCCAAAUCUUCGCUGAGCGAAACCCGUGUGCUUCUCAUGAGCUCCCCUUGGACGGGGAGGAGCUGAGUUCCGAGCAGCUCGAGUCGGUGAUGGAGGAGGUUUUCCAAGAACUCGGCAACAUGGAUCAGACACCCGUCCAGCGGGAGAUGCCGGUGGAGGCAACUCUGGAGAUCCGCGGCGCGAAGGAUGCUCGCAUCAGCACAGGAGCCGCGGAAGGGGCCAUCUCGGCAGAGGUUGCCCCUGGGAAUCGUACCAAGUUCGGGCACCCUGUGGGGGGCAUGUCGUUUGGUGUGCAGGAGAACAGCUGGUGUGACGCGCCGGAGGGCAGCCUUUGGAUCUCGGAGAGCUGGAGGCUUUGCCCGAACCACGAAAGCAUCAAGCAGCGCCCGAGCAUCUUGGUGUUGGACGACUUUAAGUGCCACCGUGACAAGGCCUUCAUCGACGACCUCGGGAAGAGGUGCAACACCAGCGUCAUCCUGAUCCCGGGCGGGUUGACUCCUGUCCUCCAGCUGCUGGACCGCGGUUGCCGACCCCACUACGGGCAAGCUGAACCCUCCGGGCCGUGGGAUGGUGUCUACGUGGACGCCGACGAAAGCCUGACAAUCGACAACGAGCUUCUUUGUGAGAUCGAGGCCGAAUCGUGGGUCAACGGAACUAGAGGAAUAUUGGUAGAGUCGAGGGCACCCGUGUUACCCAUGCUGGAGCAGAACUGUUCGCUGCUCCCGGCGCCCGCCGACAGCCGUACCCAGAAGGCGGAAAGGGUGGCCGCGGCCGCCGCAAUAGAGAAGGAGGCGGGAGACGCGCUGUACAGCAUGCCUUGGCAGAAGCUUCAGGCUCUAGACGUCGACCUCCGAGAGCCGGACAUGGAGGUGUCCACCAAGCAAGACGACGCGAAACGUUACGACGAUCCUGGAAUAAACGCCGCGCUCGCCGGAGACACCGACGCCGAUGGAUUCCGGGGACUGCCAUCAUCGACGUCGGCGAACUGCGGCAAGCUAGAGCCAAAGGUGCCGCUCCCGCCUACACGGCAAACACCCUACACCUGGUCCUGCGUCUCAUACGGCGAUUCGAGGACAGGACAGCUUUCCUACUCAUCUCCUUCAUCACCUCACACCAAGCAUUUUGGCGAAGCCUAUCAAGCAAGCAGAACGAUGCUAGGGCACCCCGACGAUGCCGACGAAGACAGCUUCCCCCGCGGGAGUGCGGGGAGCUCCAGCAGCAUCAACGGGAUAAAUUGCAACAACAACAACGACCGCGAUGACAGCAGCAACUUUGCAUUCGACAACGAAGAAGGUCACACCAAUUCGACCAGUCACAGCAGCUGCGGUGGCAAGGAUAAUCCUCUGAUGAGCCUCGGUUCCACGCCAGAAGAACACGAGGACGAGACUUCUAGCGAGAGCGACAGCGGUAGCAACGACAACUCCACGGCCGACGGGCGUGGGAGUAGCUGGACAAGAGCGACAAAGUCUCGGCGGCGUCGGCAGCAGCGUAGUUCUUCGGUGUCGGAGGCGACGAGCAUCUCUUCGGAAUCGGACGGUGGCCUCAGCAACGACCAAGCUUCCUGGCGACGAGGGAAACGCCGUGGUGGCGUGCAGAUGUUUGGGAGACAGCAGCAGCCGCCGGCCGGCAUCGGCGGAAUGCCCGACCCUUCGGUCGUGGAUUGGGAGGUGGCGGUCGUGAGGGCUUCAGCGAACGCGGACGAAAUGUCCUCACGACUUGGACCCGCGACGCGGAGAGUUUGCGAUUGGCCGGAGGGUGAUCGCAGUGACCAUCGCUCGUGCAGCGGUCACUUUUUCGAUAUACCCGCCCGUGUGCCCACAAGAUGUGAUCGAUCGGCCCUUGCUGUCUGCUGCUCGCACCUCCCGGUUCCAAUGCUAACUGCUCUCCUUCUGCAACAGGUCGAAAAGUACAUUCAGACGCGGAGAGAGAUCCACCCUGCACGAAGGGGAUCCGUCAACAUCUCCUCCAUUGGCUCGGCGCGCCGUAGUUCGGUCCUUCAGCCAACCGGCGGUGGUAUCAACAACAACGUCAUGGCGCUCACCGCUGCACGCCGCAGCAGCCUGUUCCCAGCUGCGGCCUCACGUCACGGAUCCGUUCAGGCGGCUAGCAACCGGCGGGCGUCGGGCGUGCUGUUCCGGCCCGAACACCAGGCGCCGCUGGACGGAACAGGCAACCCCGUCGGCAAUGCUGCUGGGCGGCAGGGGAGGCGGGUGUCUGUUUCGCAACCCACCAUCGCCGCACGCGGUGCUAGGCGGCGAGCCUCUAGGGCUGGAGGAAGCAUCACCACAACAAACACCACCAGCACCAGUAAGAGCGUCACCAGCCUAGCGUCGGUGGGAGAAGGCGGCACUUGCUCAGAGCUGAAAAAAGGAGUAUUGCCCCACUCUGAGGACACGACGUCGCUCACGAUGGCCGACACAACUCAAAGCUCGGGCAAAGUGGGGAUGUUACCUCUAUGCUCGACAGAAGACACUAGCACCAAUGCGGCAGUGGAUUCAGGAGGUACGGCGGGGCCACUGGAGACGGUCAUAGUGAAGGCAGCAAGGAGUGGAAUUAGGUCGUUUAUGCCCAAGAGAGGGGGCACGUUUGACGCCGAGGCCGGGCGCUUCCCGCUUUAG